AUGUCCACCUCCCUAUUCCUCCUUUCCAUGACAAAACCGCAACGAGGAGGGCAUUCCCACGCCCAACCUCCUGCUGCCCACUCCCACCAGUCCACCGGGUGGUUGAGUGGUUACUCCCAUCCAACCAGAAGUUCCCUAUCAGGAACUGUAGCCUAUCCCACCUCCUCAGGAGAAGGAUAUGGUCCAGGCAGCUCCAGGAUGCCUGGCCACGCACCCGCGGGUCCCACUUCCCACGGUCACCCUCUACCGUGCACUGGUCCACCAGCCCGCUUUCCCAAACAACUCCCGCUACCGGUACGCUCCAAUGAGCGCCAAGUCACCGAUAGCCACCAACUGGGUGACUCCCUUUGGGAGUCCCAGUAUCCCUCACUACCGGUAUGCUCCAUCGAGCGCCAAGUUACCGCUAGCCAAACACUCCCAGCAUACCCGCUACCGGCACGCUCCCAGGAGCGCCAAGUCCCCGUUAGCAGACAGCCAGGUGGCUCCCUCAAGGAGCCCACACCAUACUCGCUGCCGGUACGCUCCCAGGAGCGCCAAGUUACCGUUGGCCAACACACAGGUGGUACUUCCGUACACUCAUCCUAUUCCGCUCUCCCUCCGAUGGCUACGCAGCCACCUCCAUUAGUGAGCCGAACGGCUCAGGUUGGGUUCCCCAGAACCCAUUCCUGUAACAUUGGUGCCCCAACCCCGGUCGCACCAUCAUCAAACUCAAUCGUGCGACCUCGAGCUCACACACAGGAGGAUUACUCAUCUAACUUAGGCACUGUCAACUCAGACUAUCAGUUUUCCACUAUCCCACUAAAGCGUGCGCUAGACAAGUUUUCAUCACCACGGAGAUUCUAUUAUGAGCGCGCGCCUAUGGACAUGCUACGUGAAUGGCAACGGCUGGGCCCAGACAACAUAGAGGUUCAGCCAUUCCAUAAACUGACUACAGGCUCCUCCACCUCCUACUGUCUCAUUGACGAGCGCUGUAAACAGCUGACCCUAAUCCUUCGUGCGAUGGACCACUUCACCCAAACCAUCUCCGGUUCCGACCUCAUCCGUGCCACGUUCAAGGCAGAUCCAGAACGGAUUGUCUACUCCACAUUGAUCACGUCAGGCUGGACCGAGCUAAGCACCUUACAUCGAAUUUGGAGCUAUCUACAGCGAAAACUAGCUGACUUUGUUCUGCACUUUGAACAUGCUAAGGAGGUCCUCGCCCUCACACAGUCCCGAGCAGCGAGCUCCCGUUUCAUCACAACCGACCCCUCAUUGGCACCAGUACGACCUCGCACACCUGAGGUCAUUGCGAUCCCGCCCGCUGCAGAAAAAUUGGAGUUGCCCUCACUACACCCGUCCUCAGCGCCAGAUGGCACAGUUGCAGCUUGUACAUCGAGCACAGAACGCUGCAACAGCUCGAUACCCCAGUCUCGUCAAAUGACCAUUCCUGCGCAACACUCAUUCGAGCUGGCACAUCCAUUGGUGCAGUUUCGCCCAAGCGUGGCAGGUUCAUUAUGCGCGGGGCACCUCACCGGCUCAACCUGUCGCAAGGCCGAAUCGAUGUCACUGGCUGCUCAGUUGGCUCGGCUGGCUGCAGACCGUUCAACAAGCUCAACGGGCACUAUCAGCCCUUCACGUUAUGCAUCCCAUCUGUCGAGUGCCACGCACCUUGACGGUUCGACACAGCUCGUAGUGGACCCGGCGCUUCCAACCAUCCAGAUGGACCGACCAUCUGUUCCUUCACAACAUUCACCCGAGCCAUCAUACAUACAUGAAUUGCUCCGUCCAGAUGUGUCCUGUCUGUCGAAUGUAACACACCUUGACGGUUCAAGGCAUCGCGUGGCUGCAUCAUUACCUCCGAUCGAGCAGUCAGACCAGCUAGCAGCUUUAUGUCAGGGUUCGCUUGAGCGGGCAUGCCCGUUAAUACAACUUCGUCAAGUUGUGGCAUAUGCACCAAGCGCGAGGCGCUUCGCUAGCCCAAUCUGUCGCAAGGUCGAACUGGCAUCACUUGCUGAUCAAUUGGAUCGACCAGCUGUCUCAUCGCUUAGACCAAAGUUCCCGUUCAGGCAUUGUCCAGUUGCGGACCGUCCAAUAAGCGUGAUGGAAUCCAUUGGCCCUUCACAUCGCCAGGUUGAACCGUUGUCCUUGUCGGUUCAGUCAAACCUCCCGAUUGAUGCGUCCUGCACAUCAAGCGCAACAAACCUUGCCAGUUCGACACGGUACAUAGCGGAAUCUAGGUCCCCGACUAUCCAGAUGGACCGACUGUCUGAUCUUGCGCAGCACCCACUGGUGCCACGUUCAUCGGAGCUGGCAUGUCCAAUCAGCUUGACACCUUCCGUGGCCGAGUUAACAUCACAAUCUGGCCAGUUGGGUUCCAUUACUGGUCCCUCACGGUGUCUGCCUGAGCCAAUACACUCACACAUCUCCAGCUUGACGCAUCACGCGGCGUUUAAGUGCCCAACUGUCCAGUUGGAUCACCCAGCUACACCCUCGUGGCACCCACACAAGUUGGCAUGCUCGGACGAGCCAUCGAGCUCAGUUUCCGCCUCAACUGCAACGUACGCGGUCAGGUUGAUGUGUCAUAUGGGUGAGCCGAUACCAUUGCCAAUCCAGCUGGGAUCUCCAACCGGCCCUUCACGGCAUCCACCCGAGCGGACACGUUCCGACGAGUCGCUUCGCUCAGCCACAGCCUGUUGGGCAGAUCAACUGGCUGCUUCGUUGCAGCGCUCAGUUGUGGAUCAUUUGUCAAACACAACACACUCCUUCAGCUCGACACUUCACAAGUCUGAAUCGUCGUCAUUGCCAGCUGCUUCCUCACGUUCGUUUGGGCCAGCGUCCUCAUUUGGACAGCAUUGCUCAGCUACAAGCCGUUCAGCAAGCACGACAGAUGUGUCCCGCCCAUCGAGCGCGACUCACUCCACUAGCUCGGUGCACCACUCGACUGAAUUGUCAUCUUUGCUUGCUCAAUCGGGUCGACUAGCCGGUUCAUCGAAGCUGGAGCGCCCGGCUGUCCCAAUGCAGUGCUCUUCAGAGCUGGCAUGCCUGAAUGAGUCAAAUCGCUCAGAUGCCAUCCAAUCACUGACUAAGAUGCACUCAGCCAGCUCGGUGUCUACCAUGGCCGGGCUAAAAUCACUGUCUGACCAGCGGGGUUACGUUAUUGGUUCUUCACGGUGCCUGUCCGAUCUGACACAUGCAGACCACCCGCUCGAACUGGCGGUUUCGAACGAGCCAGGCAGCCCAGUCUCCACCGGCUUAUCAGCCGUGACACACGCCAUCAAGUUGAGGCACUGCCCUGCCAACCAGGCAUUGCUACCUGUCCUGCCUGAACCUCUGGUCGUGCCUCCACAUCACCCUCGGGAUUCAGAACGCGCCAUGACAUGUCUUGUUGUCAAAUUGACACCGCCGACUACCCAAUCGGAUCCACCAGCCAUGUCCUCGCAUUGCCUCCUCGAACCAUCGUGCUCGCAUGUGUUGGUUUGCCCAGUGGCAAUCUGUCGAGCAGUCAUCCCUAUGCGGCACGCACUUGAGCCAGCACAACUGAUCGAGCAGUUUCGUCCAGUCAUGGCCCAUUCAUCAAGGGCGAUGCUCACCUCUAAUUCGUCACGUUGCUUAGUCGAACCAAAGUUAACUGGACUACCGGGUCGCCUGGUCACAUCUUCGUGGAACCCACAUGAGUCGCAUGGCUCGGAUGUGACCUCUCCAUCGAGUAGGACGCGCUACAUCAGUCCAGCAUGCCGUGCCGUCAAUUCGAUGUUAUCGCUAGCUCUAUGCUAUGCAAUCAAGCUGGCGCCCUCGCAGGCCCAGCUGGUCCCUGUGAAUGUUGUUCCGCACCGUACUCCCGAGUCGUCAAUUUCCUUAGCUGAUGACCCGCCGAGUGUGAGGCUCCUUAUCAACCCAUCACUCUUGCCUGUUCUGUCAGGCCUUCCGGCAGCUUAUUUACGUCGUCCUCACGAGCUGGGACACUGGUAUGAUCCGCACCAUCCAGCCAGCGCUGGAUCGUCAAUGGUGACAAAUUACAUCGGUUCGACGGGUCAAGCAAUCGCAUAUUCAGCACGCAUUAAUGUUCAGGCUCUCAACAAAGUUCUCAGCCGCGAAGUCAACGUGCGUAAUCCCCAGCGGGGCGGAACUCGGAUUAUGACACUAAGGUGGUCAGAUUAUGUUGCUGACGCCAAGGACAGCCAUUCCCCAAUUACCUCGCCCAUUGACGGUUGGAUCCACGAACUGCUGUCUUUGCCGGCCCGGUUGGAUCCUCUGGUGAACCCUUCACAUCAUCCAUCGAUUGAACCGAUGUCGUCGCCAGAUCAGCCGGUCAUCCUUUCACGCUCCACGCAUGAGCCUGCGUGCCUGCAUGUGCUGUGUCGCCUUCCAGCAGCAUACACACCAACCACGACAUGCUCUAUCGACCUGGCACACUAUGCAACUAAACUGAUGUCAUCGCAGGACCAAUUGGAUCUCCCAGCCUCUCCCGUACGUCGACCUCUCAAGUUGGCGUGCCCGAGCAGACCACCAGGUGAUCCGACUCUCAACAAAGGUCCCGGCCACGAGAUCGGCACGUCAAACCGUCCAGUCACCCCUUUGCAUCCCUCAUUUGUGAUAGCAUGCUGGCACGUGCCGCACCGCUUAGCAGUGGCACAUUCACCGAUCAUAACGCACCCUAGUGGUCCAAUGUGUCAAAGGACCACGCAAUCCGUUGGCACUGAUGCGUACCGUAUUUAUCCUGGUCACCAUCCCACUCAGGUCGAAGGACAGUCUAUCAUCCUCAUUAGGGUCCCGACACUUGACAAGAAUCCCAACUGCGGAACCCAUGCGAUUAACUCCCAUCUGGGUGGAACCCAGAUUAUGACGCUAACGCGGUUAUGCCCUGCCUCUUACGUCAAGAGCAGUCAUCUCUCAAUCACCUCGCUCAUCGACGGUUGGGAUCCGUUCCUCCAGCUGGACCCUCUGGUCGAUUCUUCGCGCCGUAUCAUCCAGCUGGCACGCCUGUGCGUACCAGAUCGCUCAGGGGCAGGCGAACUAUCAAGCGCGACGUACACCGUUAGCUUGACGAGUCUUGUGGCCGGAUCGACGUUUUUACUUGCCCAGAUGGAUUGCCCAGUUGCUCUUUCUUCUGGUUCUCUCAAGCCCGAGUGCUCGUGUCCUCCACAUCGUACAGUCGUGUUUGGACGGUCGAUUAAGGCAGGCUCUCCGUCCGUUCCCACUCACUCCUUUCUCGAGUCAGCUCCCAUGCGGUCGUCUCUCCACUCAGUGGCAACACGAUCGAUAGUUGUGACCCGGUUGAUGUCCUCUCACAACUGGUCGGAUCCUCCAGUUGUCCCUGCUUGUCGACUUCUUGGGCUAGCACGCCUGCAUGGGCUAUGUUGUCCGUCGUUAGUCCAUCUACCGGACUCGGUGCAUUCCACCGGGACGAUGUGGCAGGCAUCUGAAUCAGCAUCCCCGCAUGUUCACUCAGAUCCUCCCGCUGAGACAGGACACCACCCUCCUGAGCUGGCGCGACCGUACAGCCUGCCUGUGGCUUGUACGCCAUUGGUAAUGCGACCUGUCAGUUCAGCACAACACACGGUCAGAUCACCCUUGCACGAUCAAUCGGAUCCAUCGGUAGUACCCGUCUGCUGUCCUCUGGAAUCGGCGGGUAAUCUGAUUCGUCACACGUUUGAGCCGACACCCUCGUUUGACCCAUCAGACACUUUGACCGUUCCUGCGCGACAUUUCUCUGAGCAAUCACAUUCACAAGCGUGGACACAGCCAGAGCCUGAGCUGUCGCGCAUAGGGUCACUCCAGGCCCAACUGCCCAGGUCAUGUGUCGGAUCUCCCAAAUGGAUAUACGCCACAGCAUCGUGCUUGGAAAUGGCAGGUACAACACGAGCGCCGUCAUGGCACCACCCUCGUGAGAGGCUGUACCCGCCGCAUAUGGUAUACCUCACCUCAAAGACAUGGCGGUGGUCAUCAUACGCGGCACAUCCAGCUGCCAAGUUCUGCCGCUUGAAAAUCUGUCGUGCCAAACCGAAGGUGUUCCUCACUGCAAUACAGGUUCUCGUCCAGACCGUAAUCAUGGUUAGUUACUUGCCGGGUCCGACCAAGGAUGAACCUAGGAAGAGCUUCUACGCCCCAUUGUUGGUCUCAGGUCGUCCCGAGCCUGGCGACUUACGUGUUGCACGGAGCUGUGCGAACGCGAGGUCAAGAUCAUUUAUAUGGCAUUAUAAGAUCGGCAACGGUAGUAUCCUGAUACAAGUUGUCCCUUUCCCCGCUGGCAGACUAAGUACUACUCUGCAUUGCCGCGCGAGCACGAGCCCCGGUAGAGAAACCGUCGCCUUGGCUCACAGAGGCACGCAGUGGCAUCUUUUACAGGUCAACUGCCUAUUUAUCUCUGCGUCCUCAAUUGCCCCCGAGUCCACAGUCGCAUCGUCAGAUCAGUUGAAUCCGAUUGUCCUACUGCACCCUCUAGGAUGGUCUCAUCAUCUGAUCAAACGGGAGAACUCGCUUCACAGCCUGGCCCAUUCUGACUUCCGAGUAUCACGCUGUGCGGUUGUUCCAUCUCGACUGGCUCCCGAACCCACACAAUCCUCCCGUGUCCUUGCACACUCACCCUCCGUUCAGUCGCGUCGGCCCAGUGCAGGUGGAGAGAAGUCAAGCCCCCAAGGUUCGAUAACCGGGCUUCCAGAAAACCAUUUCCUCUGCCAGAGGACCGCCCCAAGUGAGACUUGCAUUAGACAAGCCUUCAGCGACGCCCUGUCAUGGCACCCGUUAAAGGCAAAGGAGGAAAGAUUCAGCUCGGGGUUAGAGUACUAA